GAUGGUCCGCAGAACCCCUGCUGCGUACGCUACUACGCUCGCCUUUAUUAGUCUCGGUAACUGCUGGUCAGUGCCGGUGUCUCUCCCAACCUUUGUCGUGACCAGAGCGACAAACACUUUCUUGUGAUCUGCAUCUCAUUUCAAUUUGACAGAGCCGUGCAACAUGAAGGUUUCGUCCGUCCUCUCGUCAGCCGCCCUGGCAUCGGUCGCGCUCGCCGCACCCUCGGUCAAGCCACGCGGCGACUCGACCACAGACGGGGCUCAGUUUGCCGAUCUCACUGCCAGCAUCCAAGCCAAUGUGGUCAAGUCACUAGAGGAGCGGGAGGCCAGGUUGAAAAAGCGCGGCGAAUCAGCCAACUGCACGACAAGCAACAUGGUUUUCCGCCGGGAGUAUGGUUCGCUUUCAUUGACCGAGAGGCUCUCUUAUGUGAACGCCGUCAAGUGUCUUCAAAGCCUGCCGCCUCGGACACCGGCUAAUGUCUCUUCUGGUGCUCGAUCUCGGUUUGAUGACUUUGUCGUGACCCAUAUUCAGCAGACCAUGACGAUCCACUACACGGGUAACUUUAUGCCGUGGCAUCGCUGGUUCGUGCAUCUCUACGAGAAGGCCUUGCGCGAGGAAUGUGGCUACACCGGCUAUCAACCCUAUUGGGACUGGCCCAAAUACGCUUCUGCACCUGAAUUGUCCCCUAUCUUCAACGGAGACCCUUACAGUCUCGGCGGAAACGGCGAGUACACCCCCCAUGAUGGGCCGGUCAUUGAGCCGCCCGAAGGAAUUGGCGGCUCAAGCAUCCAGCUGCCUGCUGGUGUCGGUGGAGGAUUCGUGACUACUGGACCUUUCGCAAACAUGUCUGUCAAUCUUGGCCCGGUCGGUGGUCUUGAGGGUACGGCGCCCGGUCCGGACGGUGGUCUAGGCUACAACCCUCGCGCCUUGAAGCGCGACGUGGGUCCGGCUAUGAACCAAAGAUAUGCCAACUACACAACGGUGUUGAACUUGUUGCUCAAGCCUAACAUCUCGGAGUAUAGGCUUUUGAGUGAGGGAGUCCCUUACACCCCUGAGAUUGGACCUCAUGGAGGAAUGCACUACGCCAUCUCCGGUGAUCCAGGUGCGGACCUUUUCACGUCCCCCGGCGACCCUGCAUUCUGGGUUCAUCACGGUAUGAUGGACCGCAUGUGGACUUUCUGGCAAGCGCUCGAUCCUGCUGCACGCCAACAGGAGUUGAACGGAGGUGACUACGGCCACAUUACCUGGGCCAACAACCCGCCGUCCGUGAAAACUCAACUUACGGACGUCAUCGAUAUGGGAUACACGGGUCCCUCAAUCAAGAUUGCAGAUGUGAUGGACACCUUGUCGGGACCAUUCUGUUACUUCUACCUUUGAGCAUCCGACAAAUAUGGCAAUGCCGAUACAGCUCAGGGUCUGGAUGAAUAUCGGCAGCUUAUUCGAUGAACAUGGAAUGAUCAACUGAGAGGUAUUACAUAGUGUCUAAUGAUGUAGAUAUGAAGCUACGAAGAUGCGAUAUCAUGCAAUGAAGGGUGGCGAUCUUGAUGAACGCUGCAAGAAGACGACAAUAUUACGC